UAUAAUUUUGGUUUCUAUGUUUAUGAAAAAAAAACAGUCAAUAGAAAAAAGCAAUUUUAAAAAUGUAUAACAAUUACUCAUUUUAAUUGAACCUUUCAAGGCAAUAAACAGGAACUGAAUUAUUCACUUCCAAUAAUACCUGAGGAAAGUCCCUUUUUACCUUGAGAUCUUGGAGCAAUGAGUGGAUCAAAGGCAAUUUUCCUGGAUGUGGAUUCUAGUAUUGUUGAGAAUAAUUUAAGGAUUACAGAUAAUAAUGCUGAUGAACUGAGUAACAUAUUUGGGGGCAACCUGGAAUACCCUUCGAAAUUUGUUAAACCUCAUCCAGGUUUAUGUGUGAAAACCAAGGAACUUCCCUCUAAUGUCAAAAUAUUUGUCAACAUAUGCACUACAGAUGCCAUCCCUCCACCUAAAGAUAUAACCGAGGAGGAGUUGUUGGAAAUAUUAGAUGCUGAAGAUGAAAGUCCAAACUACAGGGUACCAAUGAGUAUUGGCGAAAUACGAACAGAAAAAGACAAAAAAGGCGAAGAUGCAAAAGUGGUCGACAUCGCAAUACACCCGACAUUCUUCCGAAAAAUCGAAACCAAUCAGAGCUUCAAAAAUUUCUUUAUGGCAGUGGUGUUUCAAGGAUUAGAAAACAAAUAUGGUCUAAAUUGUGCUGAAGAAAAACUAAUACUGACAAACCGAAAGUGUUUCGGUACCCUUCAAACACACCGAAUUCAACAACGAGAGAUCGACGAGAAAAUGGGAAAUAAAUCAAUUUUGAAUGAAUUAAAUGGCCCUGCAAAGUCAGUUAAGAUCGAAACGAUUUCCUCUAAAGAAAAUGCCACCAGGGAGCCUGAAUAUAGGCUUUACAAAAAGAAAAUUGGACCGCAUUGCUUGAUAGGAGAAGUUAAAAUGCCCGAUAUCAUAUCUCCAAAAGAACUGACCCUGGACAUAGGAGAAGACCGUAUAGUAUUAGAAUCCCAAACAAAGGGAUAUUUACUCGAUAUUUUCGUUCCAUACUGUAUACGGAAUAAGAGCUGUACCGCGUCUUUUGAUAAAACUCUGAAGAUUCUUACUAUUGUUAUGCCCUUAAUCGGAGGAUGAUUUGAGCGGUUGAAAUUGAAUAUUUACUAAUUAAAUUCUAUUGCAUAUUUAAAGUUUAGUUGUGUCUUUGCUUUGGAGCAAAAAAAUAAAGCACUGAUUUAUGUUUAAAA